CCUGGACAAUCUCACGUCCUCAAAACCCACCCCAAAAUCAUGGUUUCUUCCUCAUUUCUGUGGAAACCGUCUUCUUUAGGCGUCGUCUUGUUGUUCUACUCGCUCUUCUUCCUAAACAACAUCACCGUCUUUGUUUCCACUCCAUUUCAUGGCAUCGGUGUUUCUGCUUCCUCCACUUUUUUCGCUUCCAAUGCGACCCACCAUAAGGAUGAAGCGGAGGCUCUCCUGAAAUGGAAAUCUAGUCUCGAAGACCACAGCCAGUCUCUCCUAUCUUCAUGGCAUGGUAACAACUCUUGCCACUUCAGUGGUGUCACUUGCAACGACUACGGAUUUGUCGCCCAUCUUAAUCUUUCUAAUCUUGGCCUGAGAGGAACCUUAAAUGGUCUCGACUUCUCGCCCUUGACCAACCUGGUUAGCCUCGACUUUUCCAACAACUCCAUCUAUGGUCCGAUAACCUUGAGUAUUGGUAAUCUUUCCAAGCUGAACCAUCUUGAUUUUUGUGAGAAUAGACUCUCUGGAAACAUACCUCCAUGUAUAGGCAUGCUAAAGAGUCUUCACUUUUUGGGUCUAUGUGGAAAUUAUUUGAGUGGACACAUCCCUCGGGAGAUUGAAUUAUUAGAUUCUCUUUUGGAAGUUCAUUUUGGCACAAACAAUCUCACAGGUCCUAUCCCUACUUCACUAGGAAACCUAAGCAGCCUAAAUUUUCUCUCUCUUUUUCAAAACCAAUUUUCAGGGUCCAUUCCUCCUUCUCUUGGAAAAUUAGGCAACUUAACGGAAUUGAUUGUAGCACAAAAUUACGUUUCUGGGCCCAUUCCAAGAGAGAUAGGUAACCUAAUAAGUUUGAAGUAUCUUGACUUAUGGGGGAACAAACUUUCAGGAUCCAUACCUUCAGAGAUCGGGAGGUUAACCGUUCUAAUUGAAUUAGAUUUUUCUGUAAAUAAUUUGGUGGGGCAUAUCCCUUCAUCUAUUCAGAAUUUGAGCAAUCUGAAUCUCUUACACCUAUUCUCAAAUCAACUUUCAGGUUAUUUUCCUGUAGAGAUGGGGAAACUAACUUCUCUUGUAAGAUUAGAUUUGAGUGAGAACACUUUGACUGGUUCAAUCCCUGCAUCAAUUGGAACCAUGGCCAAUUUAACUUGGUUAGGCCUUAAUGAUAACAACUUUCACGGUUCCUUGCCUCCUGAAAUUAAUAAGCUCGUUCAUUUGAGGUAUUUUGAAAUCGCUGGUAAUGCCCUCGAAGGGCAACUGCCGGAAAAUAUAUGCCUCGGGGGAUCAUUGCAAAAAUUCAUUGUCCAUAAUAAUCAUUUCACGGGUCAUAUCCCUAAAAGCUUGAGGAAUUGUACUUCAUUAUUUAGAGCGAGGCUAGAAGGAAACAAACUUACUGGGAGUGUAACGGAAGCAUUUGGAAUAUAUCCGCAGCUGAAUUUUAUAGACUUGAGCCACAAUUAUUUGCACGGCGAACUUUCAUGGAAGUGGGGGCAUUGCUGCAAUUUGACGAGCUUAAGGAUAUCCAACAACAACAUUUCUGGUGAAAUACCCUUGAUAUUUGGAAGGAUGGCGCAGUUACAGGUACUUGACCUUUCUUCAAAUAAUUUAAGCGGAAAGAUUCCGAGGGAAUUGGGAAGCUUGCAACUACUGCUAGAUCUUAUCCUCAACAACAAUGGAAUCACAGGUGAUAUUCCUAGUGAAAUUGGAUUUUUAUCUCGACUGGAACGUCUCAACGUAGCAUCAAACAAUCUGAGCGGAGCCAUUCUGCCACAGCUGAGCCUAUGCACCAACUUGCUGAGCUUGAACUUGAGCCAAAAUAAAUUCGAAAGAAGCAUUCCUCCUGAGAUAGGCAACGCACGAUUCCUAAGCGUUCUUGAUUUGAGUCAAAAUCUAUUGACUGGAAGAAUACCACCAGAUCUAGGAAAUCUGAGAGUCCUGGAAACUCUCAACAUCUCCCACAAUGACCUCUCUGGUACCAUCCCACAUAGUUUUGCUGACUUAUUGGCAUUAACUUCUGUUGAUGUGUCCUACAAUGAAUUGGAAGGUCCUCUCCCAAAUGUCAAAGCUUUUAAGGAGGCUCCAUUUGAAGCAGUUCAGCAUAACAAAGGGCUGUGUGGGAGCGUGAGUGGAUUACAAAAAUGCAAUAUUUCUAACAUGAGCAAGAAACACAAUCGACACAGCGGAGCUAGAAUUUUAAUUAUCCUUGUUCUCUCGUUCUUGGGAUUCCUUGUUCUCUCUUCCUUCUUGAUCUUUCUCGCAAUUGUUAAUCGCCGUCGAAGAAAGGUUAUCGAGAGAGAGAGGAAUGGACAAACAGAGACGAAUGAUUUAGAUUUCUUGCAGAUUCUGAGUUUUGAUGGCAAAAUUUUCUACGAACAAAUCAUGGAGGCCACGGAAGGAUUUGACUCCAAAUACUAUUUGGGAGAAGGGGCCUAUGGCGUUGUUUACAGAGCUGAUCUACUAUCAGGUCAAACUGUUGCAGUCAAGAAAAUUCCAUCGUCCCAGGAAGAUGUGACCGUCGACAUCAUUCCUUUUGAAAGGGAAAUUGAAGCCUUAAGAAAUAUUCGCCACCGCAACAUCGUGAAGCUUUACGGGUUCUGCUCUCAUGCACGACAUUGUUUUCUGGUGUACGAGUACGUUGAAAGAGGGAGCCUGAGAACAAUUCUGCAUGAUGAUGAAAGAGCAACAGAGUUUGGCUGGGACAAAAGGAUAAACAUGGUUCGAGCAGUUGCGGAUGCAUUGUCGUAUAUGCAUUACGACUGUUUUCCUCCAUUGAUCCAUCGAGAUUUGACCAGCAACAACAUCUUGUUGGAUGUUGAUUAUGAGGCUCGUGUCUCAGACUUUGGCACGGCAAGAUUAUUGAGGCCAGAUUCGACCAACUGGACUACUAUUGCUGGCACCGUCGGAUACAUCGCUCCAGAGCUAGCUUAUUCCAACAUUCCAACCGAAAAAUGUGAUGUAUAUAGCUUUGGAGUUGUGGUACUGGAGACAAUCAUGGGAAAGCAUCCGGGAGAUUAUGUCUCGUCAGUAUUUUCAUCCACUCAAUCCAAGUCGCAAACACCAUUGAAGGAUGUGCUGGACCAACGGCUCUCGCCUCCAACGAACUGGGAUGCGCAACACAUAAUGUCUAUCGCAGCACUAGCACUCGCAUGCUUGCAGACCAAUCCUCAACUUCGACCGACCAUGACACAAGUCUCGCGAGAGCUUCAUGUUCAAGCACCACCGGUUUUGCCGUUCUUUGGAGUCACCUUAGAACAACUCCAUGAUCUCGAUGACCGGAACUUUUAGACCACAUUCAGGAGGUUGUUAAGUUGUCGAUCGAGUUAAUGUCGUGUGUUCGCCUUUUCGGGCUUCUGUGUUUGGUAGUAAAAUGUCGAUUAGUAUUAAAACUUCGAAGAUGCAUAGUCUAAAUGUUUUCUUUUUGUUAGAGGAGAAGGACAGUAAACUCUCUUCCUUAUGUGCAAGCAUCUAUUCAUAGUAAAAUAACUUGCUUCUUAUUA